CAUGUUUGUGCUGGAUGCGUGGCGACGUCGACGAUCAUUUUGGAUUCCACCAUGGCCUUCCCACUCCCACCGGGUUACUUUGCGUGCCCACCGCUCUCGACGAUCGAGCGCGACUACCUCGUGGGCCAAGCCCACCGUAUUUGCACCGACACGGCGCGAAAUGCUCUCACAAUGGCCAAGACACCACCAGCCAAGAUCGUCGAGCACCCAGCGACCAUGCGUCGUGCGCUGCUCCACCAUGGCAACGACAUUGUCGACGCGUCACUGUACGGCGUCACGGGCUCGUCCCAGAUCCAGGCCACGCAAGACGAAAUUUUAUCAUUUUUCCACUUGUCGACAGAAGAGAAGGUUCAAACCUACGCCAGCGUCGUGGGCCAAAUCGUUUUGGACCGGAAGACGCUGUAUACACUGGCCGACCAAACACGCGACAUUGCGAGUCCGUUCUACUACGCGGGUGUUCAAUGGAGUGCGAUCGCAUGUCCGUUCAUCUCCAAGUCGCUGACGCUCAAGCGGGACACGUGCUUUCUCGAGGUGCUGAGCUCGAUCGAAGUGGACGACCCCAUCAGUGGUGCGCCGCGAAAAGGCAUUGUGCGCGCACUGCACUCGGUCGCGCUCGACUGCUGUCCGUCGCUCCGGGCCUCCCACAACGUCGUGCGAGGUGCUUUGGUGCGGUCGGGGCACGUCUUUUUAGAGACAGACGAAAUCGGCGUGUACGACUACUUUUACACGUACAUCGUUGCCGACCCGGGCAACGUGCCUCGGUUUGUGAACCUCAAGAUAUUCCAGCGCAUCGUCGGCCAGAUGCUCAACCUGGACCAUCACCUCGCGAUCCAGCGGCUGCCAUCGCGGAUCGCUGCAGCCCAGCCAUUGCCGCGGUUCAAGGACGCGCGGCCCAUCACAUACUGCGAAGCCUGUGACACCAAGUUCAAGCUCUUUGCCUCCAAGACGCACUGCUACCUCUGCCGCCAGGUUGUCUGCAGCGCAUGCAUCACAACAUAUCGGCUGCCGAUUCUCAACCGCCACAACAUGGACCUCUGUACCCAGUGCUUUUGUGGCAACAGCGGACGACGCAAGUUUGGGAGCCGCCGCGGGAAGCAACUCGCACCGUCCUGCACAAACAGCUCCCGAGGGGGCUCAGAUGUGCUCUCAACGUGGAGCUCGAUCCAAAGCGCCCGAUUUUCAGCAUCGUCGAUCGCCGACUCGGAGGACAAGUGGACCACCGUCGCACGGCCGCCGCUCGAGUCCAGCGCGACUUCCGAGUCCAUCACGUCGUCCCAAGUCGAGCGCGACGUGACCAAUGCCCUCGACACAACUUCGGACCAUUUGAUCCAGCUUACCCGACGUCAUUAUAUGGGCUUUGGUGGUCGUUAAUCGCAAACUUAGUGAUUUAUUUUAUCCGCUAA